CAGCUUGGUGCACACUGGCAGGAUCUGAGCAAAUCACUCCCCGGCUGUGUGCUGAAUUAAUGCAAACUUUGCGCCUUGCACUGCAACACCACAAUGGAUGGGAGAGGAGGCUCAGGGAAGACGGUGCGAGUCUCCUUCCCGCAGGGCGGACGUUCCCCAAGCGCGGCCAGACGUGCGUGGUGCAUUACACGGGUAUGCUGGAGGAUGGGAAGAAGUUUGAUUCCUCCCGCGACAGGAACAAACCCUUCAAGUUCGUGAUGGGCAAGCAGGAGGUGAUCCGCGGCUGGGAGGAAGGAGUUGCUCAGAUGAGCGUUGGUCAGAGGGCGAAGAUGACCAUCUCCCCAGAUUACGCCUAUGGCUCCACUGGCCACCCAGGGAUCAUCCCACCAAAUGCCACUCUAAUCUUCGACGUGGAGCUCAUGAAAUUGGAAUGACCCACCCCAACACCCUGUCCUCGGGUUUGGCACAUGGAGGAAUCCAGAAUCUCAGCUUCAAGACGAGUGCACAUGACUUUGUACGGAGCUUUUCCUGAUAGUCCACUACACUCAUUGUAUAACCUUACACCUUGAUUGAAUGCCUUUGGUCACUAAGCUUUGCGUCUGACUCUUCCUCCUUGUAUCGUGUUUUUAUGUCUUUUUAAACUAUAUGCCGUAAACCUCAACUCUUUUUGGGUCAAGUUCUUAAUCUUAUUUUUGUUCCAGGUGUAGACUGCAUUCUGUCAGUAGCACGCAGACGGGCUGACCUUAGAUAGGAGUCGUUUGAACAAAAGGAAACCUGCUAGUUAGUUACUUGUUUCGGAUCUCUAUGAUGUUUUAAAACCAGAAAUUGCUGCUGCUGCAAAAGCCAUAGCAGAGUGAGGCUGUUGAGGCUGAAUGGAUGUGGAGAACAAAGUAGUGUUAGGAUGUGUGUAGUUACCUGGAAUUGGGGUGCUGGGGAAGCAGCGUUCCUCUCCCUGCGCUCUGGGGGAAGCGCAGCAUCACAGGGCCGCGCUGGGAUGGGGGGAUGCUCAGCCCCUGUCCACCCCCACCUCCUCCCUUUGUUGUCUCACUUUUGGUUUUGUGGCGGUGGUUGGGCCGUCAGAGCCUCACCCACCCCCUGGAAAUUCUGUCUCUUACGUUGAGCUUUCUUUGCUUUAAAACAAGAAAACAGCAGCAGACAAAUUGGGAGGUGCUACAAGGGAGGUGGUGGAGCUGGGGGGGGGUGAGCUUGCAAGAAAACACCCCCAUCCCUUCUGCCCACCCUGGGAAGGAAGCUUCAGACCCUGGCUGCCCCCGGGCUGAGCACAGCUGCCCGUUCUCCUGCCCCUGAUGCUGGUCAUCACCGCUUGGCUGCUCUCACGCCAUGCAUCGCUUCCCCCGCCGCUGCCCCCAGCGCUGCCUAGUGACGUGGUAAGAGAAAUUCACUUCCUUCUCCACUGCAUAAAGGUAUCAAGUUUUAUGAUUGCAAUAAAAACGCUUUUUGCUGGCUUUUCUCA